AGCAGCAGAAGAUUGGCGCUUAGUUCAGAAGAAGAAGCACAAAAUGUGCUGUGCGAGAUGGCUUUCUUUUAGUGAUAAAUAAUGGUUUGCUGGUGUUUAUCCUUGGUGAUGUUCUCUCACAAGAGCUGAAAUCAAAUACAUGAUGGAUAUAACACAACUCUUGUUUUUAUUUAUUUCAGCUAUAGCUAUUAAAUGCUGCUAUAGCUAUUCCGAUGAGACAUAUGAUCAGCUUGUCCAGGGUAUUAACUAUUGCACAGUUACCAGUUGCAUUGAUCAUGGUUUGACUUUGGGUGAAUUACCUGAUUCAUGUCAAUUAUCACUCUGUAUUAAUGAUUUGAUUACUUCCAAAUUACAAAUUCAUACUAUUUUUCAGCCAAAUAAACAUAAUAACGAUAGGUUACCAGGUAUGACUGGUUUUACUGCUGUAAAUCAUAUAAAUCAAGAAAUCAUCGUGGCGUUUAGAGGAUCAACUAAGCUAAUUGAUUGGUUAACUGACUCAAUUGCAAAACCUGUGCCUUAUUCACCAAUCCUAUCAAAGUAUAAAGAAUGUGGUGAUUCUUGUUUGGUCCAUCUCGGGUUUUAUAGUGCUUUAAAAAACUCUUUUAGAGUCAUUAGAGAAUCUGUAGUUUCUCUCAGAAAAACUUAUCCAGAUUAUAGAUUGUUUAUCACAGGGCAUUCAAUGGGUGCAGUGUUUGCUAUUUUGGCUGGUAUUGAAUUUCAGUUAUCUGGUUAUGACCCUCUAAUUAUUUCUUACGGUUUGCCGAAAUUUGGUAACAUGAAAAUGUGUGAAUGGAUAGAUGAAAUCUUUGAUACUGAAAAUGUCUCUUAUAUGAUUGAAGCAAACCAGCUUCCCCAGAGUGGUUAUAUAACAGUAAUUCAUAGAGGUGAUUACGUUCCUUAUUUGCCCUUUGGUUCUCUAUAUUCUUCUGCUGGUGCGAACUUUUUCAUUUAUAAAAAGCAUUUACCUCAUGAAAAACAUGAUGUUGUUUUUCAGGGAUCAAACCUAUAUAAUAUCAAGAAUGAUAUCGAUCAGUUAGAUCAAAACGAAAUUGAUUAUAUCAGAUCAGUUUCCACUUCUUUUGAUAUUUUGCACAAAUAUGAACAUGGAAGAUAUUUCGAUAAAGUCACCCAAAGCCCACAAUGUCCAGCCAAUGUUAAUAGAAAUGAUGGAAAUGAAGAGAUGGAACGUGAUUAUAGUUAAUAAAUAAUAGUUAAACUUUUCCGUAUCAGGAAACACGGAUUGACUUUUAUUAUUUUUUUUCGAACUUUAACUUUUCGCGUUUUUGAUUCAAUUUGGAACUUUGAAUUUGUCUGAAAAAUUUUAUCCCAAGAUAAUCUCUACUAUACAAAAUGUUACAAU